AUGGAGAACCUAAUGAGGGGUAGGAAUUUUCCCCAAUUCCAGAGAAACAUUGUUAUGCAGGAGGUCCGUCCCCCACUGAGGAAGAGACCUGAAGAGGAAUUGCAGUGUCUGGAAAUGACAACCAAGCGGAAGAUCAUCGACCGCCUGGUGCCAUGUCGAUGCUUCCGAGGAGAAGAAGAAAUCAUCUCCGUGUUAGAUUACUCCCACUGCAGCCUUCAACAGGUGCCAAAGGAAGUUUUUAACUUUGAAAGGACAUUAGAAGAACUUUAUCUGGAUGCCAAUCAAAUUGAAGAUCUACCUAAGCAAUUGUUCAACUGUCAAGCGCUACGCAAACUGAGUAUACCUGACAAUGACCUUUCAAGUCUGCCAACUACCAUUGCUAGCCUCGUUAAUCUAAAAGAACUCGACAUCAGUAAAAACGGGGUACAAGAAUUUCCAGAAAAUAUAAAGUGCUGUAAAUGUUUAACAAUUAUCGAAGCCAGUGUCAAUCCCAUUUCCAAGCUCCCUGAUGGCUUCACACAGCUUCUCAACCUGACCCAGCUCUACCUGAAUGAUGCCUUUCUGGAGUUUCUUCCAGCCAACUUUGGAAGACUUGUGAAAUUGCGGAUCUUGGAGUUAAGAGAAAACCACUUGAAAUCUCUACCAAAGUCAAUGCACAAACUGGCACAGUUGGAGAGGCUUGACUUGGGCAAUAACGAGUUCAACGAGAUGCCCGAGGUUCUGGAUCAAAUACAAAACCUGAGGGAACUGUGGAUGGAUAACAAUGCACUUCAAACACUACCUGGGUCUAUAGGAAAGUUAAAGAUGUUGGUGUACCUGGAUAUGUCCAAAAACAGGAUCGAAACCAUUGACAUGGAGAUCUCUGGAUGUGAAGCGCUUGAAGACCUGCUAUUGUCAUCCAAUAUGCUGCAACAGCUGCCUGACUCCAUAGGACUGUUGAAAAAACUUACCACUCUGAAAGUAGAUGACAAUCAACUUACACUGUUACCCAAUGCAAUUGGAAGUUUGUCUUUAUUAGAAGAAUUUGACUGUAGCUGUAAUGAACUGGAGUCCUUGCCUUCCACCAUUGGCUACCUUCAUAGUCUUCGAACAUUAGCCGUGGAUGAGAAUUUCCUGCCUGAAUUGCCCAGAGAAAUUGGAAGCUGUAAGAAUGUUACAGUCAUGUCCCUGCGCUCCAACAAACUGGAAUUCCUUCCUGAAGAGAUUGGACAGAUGCAAAAACUGCGGGUCUUGAAUUUGAGUGACAACAGACUGAAGAAUUUACCAUUCUCGUUUACCAAACUUAAAGAACUUGCAGCUUUGUGGCUUUCUGACAAUCAAUCCAAGGCCCUUAUCCCUUUGCAAACAGAAGCCCACCCUGAAACAAAACAAAGAGUGUUAACCAACUACAUGUUUCCCCAGCAACCUCGUGGUGACGAAGAUUUCCAGUCAGACAGCGACAGUUUUAACCCUACUCUGUGGGAGGAGCAGAGACAACAACGAAUGACCGUUGCCUUUGAAUUUGAAGAGAAAAAGGAAGAAGAAGAAAAUGCUGGCAAAGUUAAGGAUCACAUUUGCCAUGCCCCCUGGGAAAGGGGCCAGCGUGGGAUUACCCUCCAACCUGCCAGACUGUCUGGCGACUGCUGCGCACCAUGGGCCAGGUGUGAUCAGCAGAUCCAAGAUAUGCCCGUUCCCCAGACUGACCCCCAGCUGGCAUGGGGUUGUAUAAGUGGUCUCCAGCAGGAAAGCAGCCUGUGUACUCAAUUGCCAGUGGCAGCACAUUCCACCACUCUUCCCUCUCUAAGUGGCAGACAGGUGGAGAUAAACCUAAAACGCUAUCCAACUCCUUAUCCAGAAGACUUAAAAAAUAUGGUAAAGUCUGUUCAAAGUCUGGUGGGCAAAACGAGUCACGGAGGUCGUGCUGAGAAUUCGAACCCGGCCGCUAACCCGGAGCAGGCUGGGAAGGAGAAGUAUGAACACCAGUGGGCCAUGACGCCCAAGGAGAUCAAAGUUGAGGGUUCCUUCGUUCACCCGGUCAGUGAAAUGAGGAUGGGAGAACUUCACUCGUCACUGGCUGAAACUCCCUUAUACCCACCCAAACUCGUCCUCCUCGGCAAAGACAAGAAAGAAUCGACAGAUGAGUCUGAAGUCGACAAAACUCACUGUCUGAAUAACAGUGUUUCCUCAGGCACUUACUCGGACUACUCACCUUCCCAGGCGUCCUCAGGGUCCUCGAAUGCCCGGGUUAAAGUGGGGUCCAUGCAGGCAACAGCUAAAGAUGCCAUGAAUAAUUCUUUGUGGGGUAACAGGCUUGUGCAAACCUUUCCUCAACCUAUCGACUCGAAGCCAUUGCUCAGCCAGCGCGAGUCCCUGCCAGCGGGGAGUCAGCAGCAGCAGCAGAUGCAGCAGAUGCAGCAGCAGCAGAUGCAGCAGCAGCAGCAGCAGCAGCAGAUUCAGCAGCAGCAGCAGCAGCAACAGCAGCAGCAGCAGCAGCAGCGUCCCGAGCGACUCCCGUUGGGCAACGCUUUUACCGACAGCUGGCCCGACGGCUCCCAUUACGACAACACGGGCUUCGUGGCCGAGGAGAGCCCGGCGGAGAAUCCGGCCGGGAGCGGGCUCCUGAACUCCAAGGCCAGAAGCUCAGCCCCUCACGGGCGCCGGCCUCUCCUGAGGCAAGACCGGAUCGUUGGCGUCCCCCUGGACCUCGAGCAGCCCACCCACAGGAAUCCGGCCGACUCUGAAGUGCCUCCUUCCAAUCCUUGGCAGAAUUGGACCCGCACCCCCAGUCCUUUCGAAGACAGGACGGCGUUCCCUUCGAAACUGGAGAGCACCCCUACCACCAGCCCUCUGCCCGAAAGGAAAGACCUCAUCAGUGAACCGGCCGAAAUCCCCGGCCCGUUUACUUCCGGCGUGCCCUGGGAGUACCACGACUCCAACCCCAACCGGAGCCUCGGCAACGUCUUUUCCCACAUUCACUGCCACCCAGAGCCUUCCAAAGGCGUUCUCUCCAUGAGCAAGAGCACCGAGAGGCUCUCCCCUCUGAUGAAAGAUAUCAAGUCCAGUAAGUUUAAGAAGUCCCAGAGUAUUGACGAGAUAGACAUUGGUACAUACAAGGUGUAUAACAUACCGCUAGAAAACUAUGCGUCUGGCCACGACCCCUUAGGGAUCCACGAAAGACCAGAUAGACUGAUGGGGCCGGAGCAUGGUAUGUCUAGUAUGUGUCGGAGCCAGUCUGUACCAAUGCUGGAUGAUGAAUUGUUGACUUACGGAAGCAGUAAAGGUGGGCAGCAGCAGCAGCAACAACAGAAGCCCUCCGUGACCAAAAAAGUCUACCAGUUUGACCAAAGCUUCAAUCCUCAAGGAGCAGUGGAAGUAAAAGCGGACAAGAGGGUUCCGCCCCCAUUCCAACCCAACUCGGAGUUUGUGCCACCGGCCGGCAAGAGCAUCGCAAAGGAUCUGGUGAGCCCUCGGGCUUACAGGGGCUACCCCCCGAUGGAGCACAUGUUUUCGUUCUCUCAGCCCUCUGUCAACGAGGAGGUCAUCAGCGCGCAGUUGGCCAGCCAGGGCUCGAGGGCGGGGUUCCUGAGACGGGCCGACUCGCUGGCCAGCUCCACGGAGAUGGCCAUGUUCAGGCGGGUCAGCGAGCCUCACGAACUGUCUCAGAGCGAGAGGUACGGCCGGCCGCCUCCGUACAGGGGAGGCCUGGAUCGCCAAAGCAACGUCUCUGGGACCGAGCCCCAAUUCCUCAAGAGGAAUGGCAGGUAUGAAGAGGAGCAUCCUUCUUACCAGGAAGUGAAAGCCCAGUCUGGAAGUUUCCCGGCUAAAAACCUCACCCAGAGGAGGCCGCUGUCUGCCAGAAGCUACAGUACUGAGAGUUACGGUACAUCCCAAACCAGGCCAGUUUCGGCGAGGCCUACCAUGGCAGCUCUUUUGGAAAAGAUACCAUCUGACUAUAACUUGGGUAACUAUGGCGACAAGCCAUCCGAUAACAGUGAUCUAAAGACGAGGCCCGCCCCUGGGAAGGGAGAGGAGAGCUGUGGGAAAAUGCCAGCAGACUGGAGACAACAGCUACUUAGACAUAUAGAAGCUAGAAGGUUAGACAGGAAUGCUGCUUACAAACACAACACUGUUAACCUUGGCAUGCUGUACACUGGACGUUUUUCAGCAAUGCAUGCAGGCAGAAGCAUGACUUUAGACUUACAGCCUAAAUCUAAAUUUGAAAACCAAAUACAUCAAGAACUGCUUCUUCAGAAAACCCCAUCCCAGCAAAGCAACAUUCUAGACAAUGGACAAGAAGACGUCUCUCCGAGUGGCCAGUGGAAUCCUUAUCCACUUGGGAGACGAGAUGUGCCACCGGACACCAUUACUAAAAAGACAGGCAGCCACAUCCAGACCCUGAUGGGAUCACAGAGUCUACAGCAUCGAAGUCGGGAGCAGCAGCAACAGCAGCAGCAGCAGUAUGAGGGAAACAUCAACAAAGUGACCAUCCAGCAGUUCCAGUCUCCCCUCCCCAUCCAGAUCCCUUCCUCCCAGACACCCCGCGGGCCUCAGCCUGGACGAUGCUUAAUCCAAACUAAAGGACAGCGGAGCAUGGACGGCUAUCCUGAGCAGUUUUGCGUGCGAAUAGAAAAGAAUCCUGGGCUUGGAUUUAGCAUCAGUGGUGGAAUAAGUGGUCAAGGAAAUCCAUUUAAACCUUCUGACAAGGGUAUCUUUGUUACUAGGGUUCAGCCUGAUGGGCCAGCAUUCAGCCUGCUGCAGCCUGGCGAUAAGAUCCUUCAGGCGAAUGGACACAGUUUUGUACAUAUGGAACAUGAGAAGGCUGUAUUACUACUGAAGAGUUUCCAGAACACAGUAGACCUAGUUAUUCAACGUGAGCUUACCAUCUAAAUAUUUUUAUAAAUAGCGAAAAUACGUCUAGCCAGACCUAAUGUUCAAAGAUAAAUUUCUACAUAGGAAACAAACUUUGCCAAUUGCUGGACCAAUGGCAAACAUUAGUGCCAAAUGUAUGAUAACUACAUGUUAGUUCUGAUCAUCUUUAAAAAUGUUACCUAUAUAAAUAUGAUGUUCAUGUGGUUAUGUAUCAGUUUUAAUUGUCAGCCUCUGGCUGUGCAUUGGUGCAGUUUUUGGGUUUUUUUUUUUAAAUCAAAUUAGUUUCUUCUCCAAGUGGAUUUCAUAUAAUUUCAGAGCACGGAAGCACACACAGGUUCUGUAAGGAUUCUGCUGUCCAUCAGAAACACUGCCUCAAAAUUGUAUAUGCCUUUAUAUAGAAAUCCAAAUACAGAGAAAUGUAAUUCCCAUAAAAUAUUUCUAGCACAAGUUAUAUGUUGGCAUAUAUAAAGAAAAUUAUACAGAAAAGGAAUA